ACGUCAGGGUUUCAGUCGUAACGUGCGUGGCGAGUAGCUGGAAAACUCUUGUACGGUGACUCUAGCAAAUUUCUAGUGACGUGGCUGUUAUUACUGUGGGAAAUGUAGCAAAACUAAAAUUUUAACAUGACUUUUCUACUAACGUGAUUGAGUUGGACCAGUAACUAUUCCUUGUUCGACAGAAACAUUUAAGUUGUUGUGCGUGAGCACUUUAGUUCAGACAUGAAGCCGAAAGAAACAACCGAAGGUCUUUUUAACCUAGUUUGCCGCUCAACUCUGACACUUGUGGUUCUAUUUCUGGCGCCAGUUCCUAAAGUUGAAGCCGAAAUCCGAUGUUACUGCAAUCUCCCAUCUUGCGUCAAUACAGGCUACAUGUGCAAGUCAUCUCACAAUUUGUGUUUCUCAGAUAAUGAGAAUGGCGGCUACGGUAACGACCUUUUUCGGUCGCGUCAUGGCUGUCUAGAAUAUUUGAAUGACCAGAAAAAGGCACUGUGUCGGGUUAAGGGUCGUUCACUUAGACUUUCUUCCAGGACACCAUUCAAAGUGUUUUGUUGUGAAGAAGACAUGUGUAACUAUGGAAACAGUGUGGAUAUUAAUAUUCAAGUUCAUACAAGAGCUAACCACAGUUUUCCUGAAGGUAUUUAUGACUACGAUGAUGAAUAUUUCAUUAAGUCGGACAAUGUACGAGAGGGGUCGCUAGAAGGUGGUCUCUGGUUUCGGGCUGCUGUGAUAGCUGUACCUAUAGCGGGGAGUUGUAUUCUGGUCAUACUGAUACUGCUGGCAGUGCGAAUGCUCAGGAAAGACUCUAGACGGCAGCAACAACUCCUAGAACUUAGGCAGCAGAGACAUUUUAAAGCGUGCCUCUUAUUAGGGGAUUAUGGAUACAGAGAAAACCUUGAAAAACACAACCAGAAAAUUGACAAGAAUGGUAGUAGAGGUGAAAUGUACAGAAACAUGAAUUUUAUUUUAUCGCAUGAUAAUUGCUAUACUCACCACAGUGAAAAAAACUUUGUUUUUGACAAGCAUUUAAAUAACUAUACUUCCAUUUCAUGGUUGAAUUGGAGAUUAUUUAAGCCUAAUCCUACAACUAUUGUGUAGUUUCAAUUUCUUGUAAUUCAAUGUAUGAUACCAUAAUAAAUAGGCUUAUGUUUGUACAUUGAUGCCAUUGGCUCUUCUACAAAAGCUCGUCACUCGUACCAGUGGCAAGUUUGAAUAUGAGUAGAAGAAGGUUUUUGCCACGUAUAAUAUUCCUAAAUUGUAAUAUAGAGGAAAAAGUAGGGCACAACAAAUUCCAUAAUGUUUAGCUAAGAAAUUCAAAGUGCUAGCUUAAUGAGAUUUAGACAGAAAUAGUCAAUAUUUGAUAUUUUUCUACGAUCUGUUAGAGAAAACUAUUUUCAUAUUAAAAUCGUUAAUUAUCCCAGUGUUUUUUGAAUGAGAAAAAAUGUAAUAAGUUUUCUUCUGCCUUACAAAGUUCACUAUUACAAAAUUAAUUUAAAAUAUUAAUAAGUUUUGUUGAUAAAUUUCUCAUAAGUUUUUAAAUUUUUUUAUAAUUUUAGUUUACAAUAAUUUCCCUAAAAACGGGGAUAUAAUUGCAGUUUAGCGGCUUAUAUUCCAUAUUGGAUUUUCGGCCAUAAAAUUACAAUUUUACCUUGAUUUUUUUGCUACAUGCGAUUGGUUAAAAAGUAACUUAACUUUAAUUUCAUAGGUUAGAAAGCCAACGGAACUAAGAUUUGAUUGGCUAAAAUUUACAGUACAUUAAACCCUUCAUUUUCAAAUGGCAGACAAACCUCUAGCGCCCACGAAAAUCACGUUGACUAGUGAUUUUUGUCUUUGAUGUAAAAAAAAAAAAACUGUAAAUUUUUUAUAAAUAUAUAUAAAAUAAGUGUUUUUGUUCACCUUCUGUGAAAUUUUUGUAACACUCUGAAUAUAACUUUUGUUUGAGUGAUGAUUUUUGUUCUCGAUUUAAAAUAAGAAAUUGGAAUAUAGGCCGUUAAACUGCUAUUUUACCAAAACGAGCAUACAGUGCAGGAAAAUAGGAAUUUGUUAAACAAAUACAGUGGUGAUUUAAGACUCAGUUUUUACGUGUGUUCAUAUUCUUUCUGGUGAGUUGGUUGCAUUUGCGUGGCUGAGACUUUAUAUUCUUGCUGUUUGCAUCUUGAUAUUCUUGUUGUUUGCAUCUUGGAAGUAUUCGCCAAUAUUCUAAGUAAUAUAUUUAACGUAAGUUUCAGCUGUUAUUUAAGGUUUCUAACUACUUAAACGAAAAUAAUCUAUUUUCUUAAAAUAUAAGUUUCGAAUGAAGAACAGUUUUUCUAAUAUAUUCUUUCACUGUAUCCAAGUUUAGUCUUUAUACAUAUAUAUAUGUAGUCUAUUACCUGAAUAGUUUUUCUAAUAUAUUCUUUCACUGUAUCCAAGUUUAGUCUUUAUACAUAUAUAUAUGUAGUCUAUUACCUGAAUAGUUUUUCUAAUAUAUUCUUUCACUGAAUCCAAGUUUAGUCUUUAUACAUAUAUAUGUAGUCUAUUACCUGAAUAGUUUUUCUAAUAUAUUCUUUCACUGUAUCCAAGUUUAGUCUUUAUACAUAUAUAUAUGUAUUCUAUUACCUGAAUAGUUUUUAUAAUAUAUUCUUUCACUGUAUCCAAGUUUAGUCUUUAUACAUAUUUAUAUGUAGUCUAUUACCUAAAUAGUUUGCUAUAGCAUCUUAACGAUUUUUUUUCAAAACUGCUUAAUUAUGAAAAUUGUAAUUUCAAUAAGUAUUGAUUGUGUAUUCAUAAUAUGCAUAAUGUUUAUAGGAGUGAAAAGUUUGGGGUUUUAGCCGUUUAAUUUAAUAUUAUAGAUUAAACAGAUAAUAAGUUGUAAAGAUAUGGUUUAGGUUUUGUUACUUAAUUCUGUAAAACUAAACGGUGAAGAUACGACGAGGACUUCGAUCUAUUUGGAAAAUCUGACAGCUUUUAGGAACAAACGUUACGCCUAGCAAAAUCCCCUAUCUAAAAUUAUCCACGUUCCAUUUAGUAACAUUCCUUUCUACUGACUUAGCUGUUUAGAUGAGAGAUUGGUACAUUCGAAAACGGCAGACUUUAUAUAAUCAUGAUAAAAACAAUUUGUUUCCUAAUAAAAUAUUUAAUACAACAAAAGUUGGGUAUUUUUCUCGAUGGAAACGAGCUUGAUUGGUAUAGGUUUUGUAUUUAUUUAAAGUUUAAUCGUGGUCGGCUCGCUUAUAAGUUAUCGUUAACACUUUAGAAGAAUUCUGAUUUAUGGAAACAAUAUUAGGUAUGUAAAGGCAUAUACUUGAGUAUCACGGAAAACUACCGUUUCUAAGUGAUAUGCGAAGUUAACAUGUAAUCCCUUUAUUUUUAAUACACCGAUUCUAGGAAAUAAGGAAAGCUAGAUUGAUAUAUAACAUACGUCUGCUUUGAUGAAAGUUUGAAACCACAAAUGUAAUUUUUUCAAGUUUCACUUGUUAAUUUUUGUAAGAUGGAAAUAAUAAUCCCAAAAGCGAAACUCAGUUAAUAAUAUUUACUGGUCUGUUUUAUAACUAUCCAAUUAUCUCUCAAGGAUCUGACUAUGUACCAUAUAUGGAAUUUUUCUUGGGAAUUUUCCACAAUUUAGUUCUGUCAGCCAUUUGUUUCAGUUAUAGAAUAUGUGAUUAAGCUCUUAAUAAGUUUGAGAUAAUAAAAAACAUUUCAUUUAAAAUUUAAUUUCUAAACAAAUUUUAUAGUUAAGAAAUAGAGCGAUGAUGUCCAUAAACAUUAAAAACAGUUGUAUAUUUUGGCUUACAAAAUAUUACUUUUUUCUACAUUUUCGUAGAAAAUUAAUAACAAUAAUGAAAAAUGCUCCAUGUGUCUUUUUUUUUGUAUAAAUAUCGAAAUUAGAUGUUUAUAAUUAAGGUAUGAAGCAAAUGAUCAGUAUUAUACCUUACAAACUGCUAUAUUGUUAUGCAGAUGCGCGUUAAUAUUAUUUUUUAUCUUUUUGCAAUUUCAGCUGUUAAACUCCAGCUCCAUACUAGAAGGGUGUUUUAUGGACAAACAAGUUUGUACUCUGAGCUUGCAUUAAAAUUUGAUUAAUUCAUUUCUGUAUUUUUAAUUUAUAAUGUUAAUUACUAUAUAAAUAACCAUGAGAGUUGAGAAACUGCGAAUAUAUAUCUGUUAAAUGAAUAUAGAAACUUCAAGAAAAUUUUCUUUUUAUGGCAAAUAAGAAAAUAUAUUAUUUAAAGGCCCAGAUGCAUUGCUGUAGUUUCACAAAAAAUAUGGUUUGAAAGCAUAAUAAUUGAAAAUAGAUCAUAAAUUACCACUAAGUUAAAAUGUACUUUUGUAUAUAAUUGUAUAAAAUGUUUAUGACGUUUAAGGCAACAAUUAGAGUAGAUUCUGUAUAUUGUUAUUUAUUAAAAAGAAUUCCUUUUACUAAAA